CGUUGAGUUUGGGGUGGCUCGGCUUUCAACAACGGUCACUGAGUUGCGGUGGCCAAGUGCCCGCCCCCCCCCCCACGUUGCCAUCACAGCAGAACACAACGCUUGUCCCUCUUCCAAAACAGUCCUUCCCUCUUAGGACCCAGACCCUCUUCAGAACCGCUUGGUUGAGCAGAAUCAGGGGCUGCUCCCCUUCGCUGAAGAAGGAAAAGGACUGAGCGUGAUCUACUCCAGAGCCUUCAGCGGAGAAGAAAGAUGUCAGAUGAUGAGGAUCUGGAAGACUUUGAUGAAGAAGAGGAGGAUCUUGAAAAAGAAGAUGAUAGGGAUACAGAGGAGUGGGAGGACUUCAGGAAAGACAUGGAAGAAGCCUCUGAGGAAUGGUUGCCCAACCCCCUCAAGGAGGACAUGAUGAAGGAUGGACUUUCUUUGCUCUGUAAGACAGGCAAUGGACUGGCUCAUGCUUUUGUCAAGCUGGAGGUUAAAGACAGGGACCUGACGGACAUCUCCUUGCUAUGUACCUACAUCCAUCUGCGCUAUGUAGACAUUUCUGAGAACCACCUGACAGACUUGUCCCCUCUCAAUCACCUCACCCACCUACUCUGGCUCAAAGCUGACAACAACCAGCUCCGGAGUGCACGGCUAAAUGAGCUGCCCUACCUGCAGAUUGCCAGCUUUGCCUACAACCACAUCACUGACACUGAGGGCAUCUCUCAUCCUCAUCUGUGCACCUUGGAUCUCAGAGGAAACCUUAUCCGCCAAGUGACAGGUUUGGAUCCCCAAAAGCUGAGGAGCCUGCACACACUGGAGCUUCGGGGGAAUCAGCUGAGCAGCACCCUGGGAAUCAACCUACCUAAGCUGAAGAACCUCUUCCUGGCCCAGAAUCAGCUGAAGAAGGUGGAAGGCUUGGAGAACCUAAGCAAUCUCACAACCCUGCAUCUUCGAAACAACCAGAUUGACACUCUGAGUGGCUUCUCCAAGGAAAUGAAAUCACUGCAGUACCUCAACCUGAGGAGAAUCCCAGUCAUCAUGUCCAUAGAGAAGAUCUGGGCCCGGGAGAUCCUGGACUCCCGUGGCAACCCCACUGUCGAGGUGGAUCUCACCACGGCCAAAGGUCUUUUCCGGGCUGCAGUGCCCAGUGGAGCCUCCACUGGUAUCUAUGAGGCCCUGGAGCUGAGAGAUGGAGACAAACAGCGUUACUUAGGCAAAGGUGUGCUGAAGGCAGUGGACCACAUCAACACCAUCAUCGCGCCAGCCCUCAUCAGCUCAGGUAUCUCCGUGGUGGAGCAGGAGAAGCUGGACAACCUGAUGUUGGAGCUGGAUGGGACUGAGAACAAAUCCAAAUUUGGGGCCAACGCCAUCCUGGGUGUGUCCCUGGCCGUGUGUAAGGCAGGGGCAGCUGAGCGGGAUUUGCCCCUGUAUCGCCACAUUGCUCAGCUGGCUGGGAACUCAGACCUCAUCCUGCCCGUGCCGGCCUUCAACGUGAUCAAUGGUGGCUCUCAUGCUGGGAACAAGCUGGCCAUGCAGGAGUUUAUGAUUCUGCCAGUGGGUGCAGAGAGCUUUCGGGACGCCAUGAGACUUGGGGCAGAGGUCUACCACACACUCAAGGGAGUCAUCAAGGACAAGUAUGGCAAGGAUGCCACCAAUGUGGGAGAUGAAGGUGGUUUUGCCCCCAAUAUCCUGGAGAACAGUGAAGCACUGGAGCUGGUGAAGGAAGCUAUUGACAAGGCUGGCUACACAGAAAAGAUCGUCAUUGGCAUGGAUGUCGCUGCCUCAGAGUUUUAUCGUGAUGGCAAAUAUGACUUGGACUUCAAGUCCCCUGCUGAUCCUUCUCGAUACAUCACUGGCGACCAGCUGGGGGCCCUUUACCAGGACUUUGUGAGGGACUACCCUGUGGUCUCCAUCGAGGACCCAUUUGACCAGGAUGAUUGGGCUGCAUGGUCAAAGUUCACAGCCAAUGUAGGGAUCCAGAUUGUGGGUGAUGACCUGACAGUGACCAACCCAAAACGGAUUGAGCGGGCAGUGGAAGAAAAGGCCUGCAAUUGUCUGCUGCUCAAGGUCAACCAGAUUGGUUCGGUGACUGAAGCCAUCCAAGCGUGCAAGCUGGCCCAGGAGAAUGGCUGGGGGGUCAUGGUGAGUCAUCGCUCAGGAGAGACUGAGGACACAUUCAUUGCCGACCUGGUGGUGGGGCUCUGCACAGGCCAGAUCAAGACUGGUGCCCCAUGCCGUUCUGAGCGUCUGGCUAAGUACAACCAGCUCAUGAGAAUUGAAGAAGAGCUGGGGGACGAAGCUCGCUUCGCGGGACAUAAUUUCCGCAACCCCAGCGUGCUGUGACCCCUCUGCUGGCCUGGAGACUUGGAACCUCUCUCCUAUCCUCCUGGAAAAUUCCUUCCCAUUCUGCUCUGUGACAUCUGCCCCAGACCCCCUGGCUGCCCUGCUACGCUGCUCCUUGGCUUGUCUGGCCCCUGCUGUCUCUGCUCCUCCCUCUGGGUUCCACUCUCCAUGUUUCCUUCCUUUCUAUUCUCCUCCUCAAAACUUGACCAUGGGACUGAGCAUUCUAAGGGGGUGCAUGGAAGAAGGAUCAGGGUCUGUGACAGGAGCACCAGGGUUGGCUGGUGACGUGUUUAGAAAGGGGCCAUGUCUUGCUAGUUCCAUGUGGUUUCAAUGCUGAAUCUCAGCCAGGAGCCUCACAGGCUGAGGUGUGUGUGUGUGGGGGGGGUGCUGGUGGCAUGGUCCUGCCUGGUCCAAGAUGUCAGCAUAUUAUUUAUUUAUUUAAUUUAUUUAUUCAUUCAUUUUUCAUUCAUCCUGUUAAUUUAAUCACGUUCCCCAUAACUCAGGCCCAAAAAUCUGGCUAAUUUGAGGGAACUAUGUGUCUGCGUUUCCUGUGGCGGUAGGUCUUGCUGGAAUGGGAAGGGGAACAGAAAGGGGCCUUGAUGUCAGCUCCUUGGUGCAGAGCAGCCCUUAACUAAAGCCUGGCUCUGGCUAGAGGUGGGGCUGUACACCUGGGGCCUUCUACCCCCCAAUUUCUCCUCCGCCCUAGCUUCCCUGUCCUUCCUCCAGCUGCACCAGAGCCAUGUCUCACUCCCCUGUGCCAUGUUCCACAGCUGCCACCACCUUUGUGGCGCUGAAAUGAGCACCGCCAUUAAAGUCUGAAUCACAGUGCGUUGUUGUGUCUGAGCGGCCUCACUCUAGUCCAAAUGAGGUGGCACCCCAACUGGGUGCCAGAUCAUAGAGCUGGGAGGACACACAGAGCAAGACACACUGAACAGAAUGGUCUACGCUGAGUAGCAUGGCCUGACCCACGCUGGCUGGGGCAGCGGAUUUGCCCCUGCCUUCUCAGUCACAAGCCUGGCCUGGGACAGGUGAAUUAGGGCUUCUUCACCUGGGGUUCAAGAACCUCUGAAAGUAUCUAAAAUUGUGUGUAAAAUUGUGUGUGUACACUUUUGGGGGAAUGGGUUCCAAAGUGUUCUCAGAUUCUCAAAGAGUUUUCACCGAAGAAGGGAUAAAGCUGUGGACAGGAGCAGCUCCCUACGGGGCCUCCCCCCCCCAAAAAAAAAAAACCCUGGCUGCUUCUGGGCUGGCACAACACUGCAUGGCCAUCACCCUGCAAGAUUUGGGAGGGAAAAUGGGGGAUGGGGGGUGCACAAA